AUGGCAUAUGAAACGCUAACAGAGGAGACACAAGGAAUCGUUGCGUCUAUCAAGCGCAUCAUCGAUGAGAAAAGAGCAGAUAUCGGCCAACACAAGCAUGGUAUUGGCUGGGAGUACACCGGUUCAGAUCUUCUUAACCUGACUGAUAAACUGAAAAAUGAGUUGAAUAACAGUGACUUCCAAGUUUUCAAGAUUAACGUACUUCACCUUGUCCAUAACGGGUCGAUACAAAAUAGAACUGGACAUGUACUUGUUUUCCCAUUGAAUGGAUCUGCAAAUUUCGCGCCAGACGAGCCCUUACUAGCAUGCCACCAUAUCGAAAAAGAAAGGACUAUUUACGGGGAUCAUCUUGAUCUUAUCAUUGUGUCAUUGAAAAAGAGAUAA